CAGCUUCCGAGCUGUAACAUUGAGACAGCAAAGUGAUCGAGGAGAGGCGGCAAUGGGCUCGUUUUUAUAAUGUAGAAAUCGUAUAACUCAUCGUAUAGCCAUGCUCAGUCAUUUUGGGACAUCCCUGGAGUAAUGCCUGCGAUGAUGAAUUUCACCAUCGUUCUAUCGAAUAUGUCGUUUGGAUUGUAUAUGUUAUAGCGGACAAAGGAUGACAAAGACAAUAGGAUACCGAGACUGGAGAUGGCAGGCGCUUUGGUGGCAUCAUUUCUUUCUCUUGUGGACUACAAUAAACGGACAGACUAGGUACAGCAUCCCGGAGGAACUAAAACAAGGCUCUGUGGUAGGAAAUCUAGCCAAAGAUUUGGGUCUCGGACUCUCAGAGAUUUUUGACCGUAAACUGCGUGUUGCCUCUGAGGCUGGAGAGCAGUAUUUCAGUGUGGAUGCAGGGAAGGGAGAGCUGCUGGUGAAUGACAGAAUAGACAGAGAGACUCUUUGUGGACAAAGUGCUAGCUGCGUUUUGCCUCUUCAGGUUGUUAUUGAGGACCCAUUACAACUUUUUCGUGUUGAGGUAGAAAUACAAGACAUUAAUGAUAAUGCACCUAGAUUUCCAUCAAAUGAUAUCACAUUAGAGGUAGCGGAAAUUACCGGUUUGGGGGUUCGUUUUCCACUAGAAAGUGCCAUAGACCCUGAUGUUGGGGGAAAUUCUUUAAAGUCAUACACGCUCAGUAAAGAUGAAUGUUUUAGUAUUAGAGUUAAAGACGUUGCCGGUGGAAGGAAAGUCCCUGAAUUGAUUUUAGCAAAACAUUUAGAUCGAGAGAAAAAGGCUGUCCAUAAGCUUUUGUUGACAGCUCUAGAUGGAGGCAACCCAGUACGAUCAGGGACUGCUCAGCUAAAUAUAAGAGUCCUUGACAUAAACGACAACGUCCCAACGUUUGAGAAAACGUUGUAUAAGGUAUCUAUCAGUGAAAAGGCGGAAGACGGUGCAUUAAUAGUACAAACAAAAGCGACAGACAUGGAUGAUGGUCAAAACGGAGAAAUAGAAUAUGCAUUUGGUGCACACACACCGGAUACUGUUCUCUCUGUCUUCACUAUUGAUCACAAUUCUGGAACAAUAUUUCUCAAAGGAAAACUGGAUUUCGAAACAAUUACAAAUUAUGAAUUAGAUAUAAGCGCGAAAGAUAAAGGCAGUCCGAGAAUGGAGGGGCACUGUACUGUGAAUGUUGAAGUGUUAGAUGUUAACGAUAAUGCCCCUGAAAUAAUACUCACUUCUCCUCCAAAGCCAGUGCGCGAAGACUCGCCUAAUGGCACCGUAGUAGCGUUGAUCAAUGCCAGAGACAUUGACUCUGGUGUAAAUGGUAAAGUAACAUUAAAGCUCCCAAAAAAAUCUCCAUUUGCUCUAAAACCAUCGUUUUCUCAAAAUUACGCCUUGGUUACGAGUGGUGUUUUAGAUCGAGAAAAUGUCUCUGAAUAUAAGAUUGAAAUAACAGCCACUGAUUCAGGCUCUCCUCCUCUAUCCAGUAAGAGAAUUAUACCUGUCAGCAUCACUGAUGUGAAUGAUAACCACCCUUUAUUCACUCAGCCCUCCUAUAAUGUGUAUUUAAAAGAGAAUGGGGUGCCAGGCUCUAUACUGUACUCAGUAUCAGCGUCUGACCUGGAUUUUGGUGAAAACGCUAAAAUCUCCUACUCCAUCUUGGACUCUAAAGUGCAGGACGUUUCUGUCUCGUCUUAUGUUUACAUUAACUCAGAUAACGGCAGCAUCUACAGCAUGCACUCGUUUGACUAUGAGAAACUGAAGGUGUUUCAGAUCCAGGUUCAGGCAAAGGAUCAGGGCUCUCCGUCUCUCAGCAGCAACACCACUGUCCAUGUUUUUAUCCUGGACCAGAACGACAAUGCCCCCGCUGUUAUUUACCCCUCCUCCGCUGUCCUGGGCUCCCUCUCUCACCAGAGGAUGUCCCGCUCCGCUAAAGCGGGUCACCUGGUUACUAAGGUGACGGCCGUGGACGCUGACUCGGGCCAUAACGCCUGGAUCUCCUACAAGCUGGCGGAGGCCACAGACGCCUCUCUGUUCACUGUCAACCUGUACACAGGGGAGGUGAGGACUAAACGCGCUGCGUCCGAGCAGGACGACUCCUCUCAGAGACUGCUUAUAGAGAUCAAGGACGACGGGGAACCGAUGCAGUCCGCCACCGUCACGGUGUCCAUCCUGCUGGAGGACGGCCUCCAUGAGCCCAUCUUAGACCUCCGACAGAAAACGGCCGAGCCCAGCAGGAAAACUGGGAGAAUCACCCUGUAUUUGAUUCUCUCUCUGGCCUCGGUGUCCGUGCUGUCUCUGGUGACUUUUCUCAUCUUAGCGGUUAAAUGCAUGAGGAACAGCAGCAGCAGCGGUAGUUGCUGCAUGAGACGAAGCGACUGUGAUAAUUACAAGAACCCCAACAGAAACAUGCAGAUUCAGCUCAACACUGAUGGACCUAUAAAGUACGUGGAGGUCCUGGGAGGAGACAUGAUGUCUCAGAGUCAGUCCUUCAGGUCCUGCAUGUCUCCAAUGUCAGAGUACAGUGAUUUCACUUUGAUUAAGCCCAGCAGCACCACUGACUUUACGGAGGUGAUCAGUGUUCUGGAUGCCUCUUUACCCGACAGCACGUGGACCUUUGAGAGCCAGCAGGUGAGCAUAAUGACUGUUCAUU